GGCGCGGUUAGUGACGUGUCAAUCACCGGGGAGGAGAGCCAGGCGACUCCUUCAAACUGCCUGCGAUAAGUGCCUGUGUACCCGGCGGCUGGAGUUAUAGCGAUGGAUGAGGUGCACAGGGCUGGCGUGGCGUUGGCUGGUUACCUGCAGGAACACCUCCAUGGCACUGAGGAUUUCUGGCUGUGGGUAACCUACCUCGGGGAUCCCGGCUGCAUAUUUCUACUCUACUUUCCUCUGGCGUUUGCUCUCCAUCAUCAACUGGGAGUCACUGUCCUGUGGCAGGGCGUCAUCUGCGAGUGGUUGAAUCUUGUCUUUAAGUGGUUUCUGUUCGGUGAGCGGCCAUUCUGGUGGGUCCAUGAAAGUGGUCUACAUGACGUCUAUAACCUAAAGCAGUUUCCUUCCACUUGUGAGACGGGCCCUGGAAGUCCUUCAGGACACUGCAUGAUCACCGGAGCUGCUCUGUGGCCCAUAAUAAUGUUCUGCACUGACCGGUUACAGAGGGGCAUGAUCCGGACUCUUCCACUCAUAUUGUACAGUUUACUGAUGGUGGGGAUUGCAGUGUCCAGACUCCUUAUCCUAGCACACUUCCCCCACCAGGUUGUCGCUGGCAUCUUUACAGGUGUGCUCUUAGGAUACUUCUUGCAACGUAACGCUCCCCACGACCGUAGUUUUGCUUUUUUUGUACGGUCUUCAAUGUGUCUGCUUUUUGGGGCUCUUCUUGUGUACUGGGGAAUGAGUGCGUGCGGAGUGGAUCUUUCAUGGUCCAUCCAUCUUGCCUCUAAAUGGUGUAUGAAGACGGAAUGGAUACGGCCAGAGACCAGACCCUUUUCAUCAGUGACGAGGAGCGCAGGGAACGCUCUAGGACUGGGAGUUGCCCUGCACUGCCCACUCUUCAUCAGACUGCACACAGACACUCCAAGCUGGCGUAAAAGGGGCAUUUGUCUGCUGCUGUCAGUUCUUUUCCUGAAGCUCCAGCAAGCGCUCCCACUUCCAGUAUCCCCCCCUCUGCUCUACUACCUGCUGAACUUUCUGCGCCAUUGUACCUGUCCCCUAAUUGUCAUUAUUCUGUCCCCUUAUAUUGUAAGGGGCUUGGACUCAGGGACUAUGCAGAAAAGAGACUAAGGCAACCGGACUGUCGCUCAGGAAAUGAUCUGCAUUUUACUGGAAAGGUGGACUUGAAUUUUCUUCUUUUGUUCCUAUUUUUAAGAAACUCAGGAUGUUAAAUAUUUCAGUUUCUGUUCUGUUAAAAUAAGUAAAGGGAUUUUCCACCCGAUUCUAUGUC